AUGGAAAUUGCGGGUGGACGGGGAAGGGGUCUGGAGAUAGUGACAGGUGGAACAAACAAUGCUGGUUGGUUGCGGGUGGUGAAGAAAGGUUAUUGUUUAGAUCGCAUAUUUAUUUAUGGCUUAGGAAGCUUUUGCGAAAAUGAAAGCCUUAAAGGUGAAAAAUACGGUGACCUGUUGAAAACAGUCAUCGAAAUUGAUUCUCUUACGGCUACGCAAAAACUCAACGAUGACCAUUACAUGUGGCCGAUAUUUGUAACAGAAAGUCGUGGUCACUAUUCGACGAUUUGUCAGUACAGUUUUUUGAAUGCUGAGCAAUUCCAUUUGAAAAAUAUCCUCACCAAAUUGUUGAAAGAUGUAUCGAAAACUGCAGUGGCUCAAAGAACAAUUAUCUAG